AUGGACUCGAUUGAAGAGAAAACGGCCGACUCUGUGACCUGCCGCUUUGUCACCCAGCUUCCCAUAGAGCUACAAAUCGACGACGAUGAGUAUGCCAUUCCUACCAUGGCGACUCGACUGGAGUUAUCUCAGCUUAUUAAUACCUUAAUAGGGCGCCCACACCCCCUUGCCUUUGACUUCUUGGUGAAUGGCUCAUUUAUGCAUACAGCACUUGGUGACCACUUGCUCCUAAAUGAGAUAAGCUCCGAACAGGCCUUGACGAUAGAAUAUAUCUUGGCACAGCUUCCUCCCUCUGAUAAGUACACCCUUAAAGUGAGCGACUGGGUUUCCACAAUCAUUCCAUCGAUGAAUGAUUACUUUACCCUGCCUAAAGACAUUAAGGAUGCUGCUUUAGCAUCUCUGUAUGAUGGAUCCUUGGUGCUCUUCAACUUUGCCAGCCAAGAUCAGGCAGAUGAUUAUGACAGCGCCGAUGAGCUGGUUGGUACACGACACCAAGUGUGCAAGCUAUUCAGCACCCCAAUAAAAGCUACCUGUCUUGUGAAGAUCAACGAUCAAAUGCACGUCGCGGCUGGCGGAUAUGAGGGACGGAUACUAUGUUCUACAAUCUCCGAGACUGAUGCAUCAUUCACACAAGAGGUCGAAUAUACCAAUCUGAAUAGCCCCAUUCUCUCUCUGGCAAGCAACACGUCACUCUCCUACAUGGCGGCGGGGACAGUCGACGGUUUGGUUUAUCUCUAUGAUAUAGCAAACACGCAGCGAGCGACAGAACCGAUGGUAAUGCAGGUAGAGCCUAGACCUAAACGCAAGCGUAUCCACGGCAAUACAAUAAUCAAGACAGCCACAGAGCGCCUGUCCUUUUUGUUUCACUCGGUGCAGACGUCGGAGGCCCGUGCACACGACCCUUUCACAGUUGCCACAGAUAUCAAUAGCGUGACCUUCAGCAAUGAGCAUAAUAGCCCUUAUAUUGCAGCUGGCUGUGCGGAUAACUGCAUCCGGUUCUAUAAUAUCAAAAAGAAUGCCCCAGCAGGACUCAUAUCCACAAAUUCUUCCUGCCAAGUUCUGAAGUACAUGAAGAGGUCUGACGACAUGCUCCUCUGUGGCUUCAAUAACAAGCUACUAAGGCUCUAUGACACUAGGAAGGAUAAGCCACUUGUGUCAACGUUCACAGGCCACAAGUCGUCCCUAACAUGCUUAGAUGUUCGGGAUAACAUGAUCAUUAGUGGGUCUAUAGGCGGGGAUCUGUGCGUAUGGGAUCCUAGGUCGUCUGUCCCGCUGUGGGUUGGAGAUUGCUUUUAUAGGAAAUUGGAGCACAAACGGGAUCAAUCCCGAUUACUUUCAUGUGCCUUUGCGGUCAAUGCAUUGGCUCCUGUAUUCUAUCAUGGAGGAAGCGACCGUCAGAUAACGAUGCGGAAGAUAACAGACCCGCUUGCCCUUUCUCGAAAGUAA